CCAGCUACAAAGCUCGCAGCGGCACUCGCAUGCUCCUCCGCCCACCUCGCCUCCCACGCCUCUCUCCUCGCCGCCUCCGCCCGGACUCUCCGAUGGCCUCCACGCUCGCCCUGCUCAGGCCGUCCGCGCCGACCCCGCUCGCCGGCGCGGGCGCGCGGAGCCACCCGGCGGCGGCCGCCGUGAGGGUGCCGCUCAGAUCUCGGUUCUCUACAAGGGUGUCCCUCGGGUCGGCAGUGGCGGCAGGCGCCGACACGCUCUUCGCCGACUACAAGCCCACCACCGCAUUCCUCUUCCCCGGCCAGGGUGCUCAGGCUGUAGGAAUGGGCAAAGAAGCUAUUAAUGUUCGAGCAGCUGCGGAACUAUUUGAUAAGGCGAACGAUAUACUUGGCUAUGACUUGUUGAAUCUUUGCAUCGACGGACCAAAAGAAAAGCUCAACUCGACAGUGAUUAGUCAGCCAGCUAUAUACGUCACCAGCCUUGCAGCUGUAGAGGUGCUACGUGCACGUGAAGAGGGCCAAUCAGUAAUUGACUCUAUAGAUGUCACCUGUGGUCUCAGCUUGGGAGAAUAUACCGCGCUGGCAUUUGCUGGUGCUUUUAGUUUUGAGGAUGGCCUGAAGCUUGUCAAGCUUAGAGGAGAAGCCAUGCAGGAUGCUUCAGAUGCUGCCAAUAGUGCGAUGGUCAGUGUGAUUGGCCUAGAUUCAGAAAAGGUGCAACAGUUAUGCGAUGCUGCAAAUGAGGACGUGGAUGAAAAGGAAAAAGUUCAAAUAGCAAAUUUUCUGUGUCCUGGUAACUAUGCUGUUUCUGGUGGUGUGAGAGGUAUCGAAGCAGUUGAAGCCAAAGCAAAAUCUUUUAAGGCCAGAAUGACGGUUCGCCUAGCUGUUGCUGGUGCUUUCCAUACAAGCUUCAUGCAACCUGCUGUCUCAAGAUUGGAAUCUGCGUUGGCUGCUACAGAGAUCAGAUCACCGAGAAUCCCAGUAAUCUCCAAUGUUGAUGCGCAGCCCCACUCAGAUCCUGACACAAUCAAGAAGAUUUUGGCACAACAGGUAACCUCUCCUGUGCAAUGGGAGACUACUGUGACGACUCUUUUGGGUAAAGGCCUUGAGAAGAGCUAUGAACUCGGACCUGGAAAGGUUAUAGCAGGGAUCAUUAAAAGGAUCAACAAAGGUGCCAGGGUAGAGAACAUUGGCGCUUGAUAUGUAACGCCAAUACUAUAGGGGCAAAUAAGGCUGCUCAAAUUUAAGCAGCACUCUGAAGGUACCAAAUUUGGGACCACCAGAGGCGUUGUGGGAAUUUCCUGUCAAUUUGCGAGGAGCAUAUACGAGUGUUGUACAAUGAAUUUCAUCGCCCAGAAGCUAGAUUUCUUUGGUGGGUUGGUUUGCCCUCUAAAUUGUGAGGAUCAGUAACUUGAUAUUGUAGAAGUUUCGGUGCCUAGGGUUUUGAGUUAUGUCAGCAAUUUACUACCUAAUAUCCUCAUGAUUCACUUUUUGACCUAUCGUGGUGUACAGUUCUAAGUUUGAGUUUCCUAGUAAUUUACUACUUAA